GAAAAAAAAACAUAGCAAUUCUCUCUAAAGAGCUUCUUCCAUGUCUGAAACCAACAACAACAACAACAAAGCUUGACUCUUUCCUCUCAAGUUUCCUCUUUCUUGCAAACCCAUGAAGUUUUCUCGAGAAAAUAUGAAUCGGGUUUUCUCAGAAAUCAAAACAACUCAGAACCUCCUCUCUCCUUCACCACUUCCACGACCACCACCAUUAACCAUCCGACCAAACACAAACUUCGACAUAAACAACGAAAUCAGUCCAAGCAUUCUCCUGAUAAUCAUAAUCCUCUCCAUCAUCUUCUUCAUCUCAGGUCUCCUCCAUCUCUUAGUCAGAUUCCUCCUCACGCCACGUAGACGCGACAGAGAAGAUUACUUCGACAACGUCACUGCUCUUCAAGGCCAGCUCCAACAGCUUUUCCAUCUCCACGAUUCAGGAGUCGACCAAUCCUUCAUCGACACGUUACCUGUUUUCCAUUACAAGUCCAUCAUCGGUCUCAAGAACUACCCUUUUGAUUGCGCUGUGUGUCUCUCUGAGUUUGAAACAGAGGACAAGCUUAGGCUUUUGCCUAAAUGCAGCCACGCGUUUCACAUGGAUUGUAUCGACACGUGGCUUCUCUCUCACUCUACUUGUCCCUUGUGCAGAUCAAGUCUCCUCUCUGAUCUCUCUCCUCAUCAAGAUCCUCGUCCCUCUUUUCUCCUCGUUCUUGAAUCGGCUAGUGAGCAUAGCUCGAGAGAGAUUGUUGGAGAUAGAGAUAGUGCAGCUUGUGUGGCUGCGAGUGAUGCUGAUGAUGUGCAACCUAGUGCUCAUUCAAGAUCCAGUUCUCAUCUAGGUUUUGUCGGAAACAAUGAUAUUGGGUCGGAGUCAGGUCGUAAAGAUCAAGAUGGUGAGUUGGGUGGUUCGGUUGAGAAGGUUGUUCCUUUUGCGGUUAAGCUAGGGAAAUUUAGGAACACAGAUGUUGGAGAAGGAAGUAAUAUCAACAAUAAUAACAUUGGUAUCAGCAGCAUUUUAGAUGAAAGGAGAUGUUUUUCAAUGGGAUCAUAUGAGUAUAUAAUGGAUGAAGAAACAGCUCUUGAGGUUCAUGUUUCAACCAAGAAAGUAUCAAGCAAGAACCGUCACUUGCCUGGCCACAGGACCGCUAUGUCCGAAUGUAGUUUUGAUCCAAUGGGGAGGUUGAAGUUUAAUGGGACCGGUUCGAUGAGGAUUAUGGAGGAAGCGAGCGAGAAGAAUGUAGUUGAAAGAGAGAGCGUUUCGGUAUCGAAAAUUUGGCUAAAGGGUAAGAGGGAAAGACAUAGUAAGGUUCAAGGAAAAGAGGAUAGUUCAUUGGUUUCGUCGUCUUCGGGUAGAGCAUUCUCUUUCGGGUUUGAUAAUCCGAAAGAGAAUGCGAAAACCGAAAGUGGUUGUGAGGAGGAGAAUCAAAAGUUCGAAAAUGCGUCAUCUUUGGAAGUGAAGACACCAUCUUUUGCUAGGAGGACUAUGCUUUGGCUUGCAGGGAGACAAAACAAGGUCGUUCAUUCUUCUUCUGCUUCUAAUGUCUAGUUUCUAUAUUAUUUUUUUUCUUUUUCACAUUUAAAUUUCUUUUUCAGUUGUUAUUUUGUGUUAGUCCUCAUAAAGCUAAAAAACAGAUGAAUCAUUGUAGAGACGUGGUGUUGAAAUAUAAAUAUUGUUAGGCAUAGAUUGUUAAACAUUAUGGUGCGUCAUGUUUUUGCAAAUCUUUUCAAUUCUGAAUUAUGUGGCC